CCGUCCGGAAGCUAAACAAAACCCAGGAGAGGAUUGUAAACUUCGCCCUGAAGUUUUGUUUUGUUUUGUUUUUUUGGAGGGAAUGAAUUUUGGAGGGCAUCUCCAGAAAGGGCACCUACUUAACAACCCAAAACCUGUCUCUCUGUUGCCCACCAGGAUUCCCUGCUCUUUUAUGCUCCGUGGCAGACAGAUUUGUUUUGUCUUUCAUGGGGGAAGAUUUACUGGUCGCUUUGCAUGCAUUUUAAUCUUGCUGGGCUUUUUGCUUUUGCAAACUGUGGCGCGUUUGUUUUUCAACUUCUACAAAUUUCUGCUAAUGGACUUGCUUAGAGUAGGUUAAAAGCCUCUGCUGAGAAGAAACGGGGACAGCACAGCAUUUGUUUUGUUUUUUUGCAAGUCCAGGGCACUGUUGACUUAAUGUAAACUGUUCUCUUCCGCUGAGAAUCAUUCAGCAGAGCUUUGGUUAGGAACCCUCUGUAGCUGAAGGAUUAGUGCUUGCCUUGAAAGAGACUUUGUACAAACACAGCUAGGCAGUUUCCUCUCACCCACUUGCUGUUUCCUCCUGUAGGGUUUUCCUCUUUUGUAUGCUAUCCCAGAUGAUUGUUGCCCUUUAAAAAUGUCUCUUAAAGGAAGCUUUUUGUGUUCUGUUCUCUCUCUCUCUGUCUCCCUCUUGAUAAGCCCAAAGACUUCAUCUGUGCAUUCACAAAUAGGAUCUGUUUGGUGAUGCUAUCCUCAGUUUUGCAUAGUUUUCCUAAGCAAAUGAAGAUGUGAUUUUACUGCUCUUAUUCAAGCAAAGUACACUGGUUGUUGUCAGGAGAGUACAGGACAGAAGUUGAAACAUGUGCUUCAGAUCACAUAAUCCAGAACUUGAGCCUGGAAAAUGAUAGCUGUGUUUGUCUGUUACAGCAAACACACACAUACACAGAGAGAGGGGGAGAGAGAGACGUCUUGUGGUGUCUUAAAGACUAACAGAUUUAUUGUGGCAUAAAUGUUUGUGGACUCGUCAGACGCACAAAGCGGUAGUCAUGGUAGACUGUUUACGUAUUUUAAAUCUGUAGGAUAAUUUACCCAGAAAUGCUUAUGAAAUGCUGAAUCAAGUUUUCUCUAAGAUGUCACUAGACUCUGUCAUUUUUGUGAUCAAAGUAUAACAUGUUGAACUUACAAUCACGGUGAUGAAGAGAUGGAUAGCCCCUUUACUGCAGUUUGGUCCAGUAUAUAGACUGAAUGGUAGCCAACACAAUGCCUUUCCAAUGUUACCAGAUUCUAUCUCCCAUCAGCCCCAGCCAGUAUGGGGCGAAUGGCCAGGAAUGAUGGGGGCUGAAGUUCAACACAUGGAGGACAACGUGUUGGCUCUGCCUGGCAUAGGUUGCUGAACUGUGAUCUUCUGGACUGGAGUUUAAGUCUCAGUUGUGUCAAAAAUGCAGGAUGUCUUUGGAUAAUACAAUCAGUGCUACCCUUACGUCAGGCAUGGGGAACCUCUGGCCCAUUGGAUGUUGUUGGACUCCAGGUAGCGUAGCCAAUGUUCUGGGAGGAGAAAAGCUGUGUCCCCAUCUCUGCCUUAAGUGAGUGCACAGGUUCCUUGCAUUGGCAUUUUUGCUCUUCCACUGCAACUUGUGCAAAAUUGGAGGUCACUCAUACAGCUUGCACAGAUAUGCAAGUACUGUACAGAGAAUGUGAGCACAGAGAGUUCAUUCCCUUGUUAGUUAGCACUUCUAGUAUCAUCCAAAGUUGCCAUAGUGUGUGGUAAAUCUCUGAUCAUCUUUUAAACAGAAAUAAUGGAAACCCACUUCAAAGCUAUUGUGAAGACAAGAAAGACUGCUAAAUUCUUUACAGAACAUAAAGGCUAUGUGCAUAGGUUGUAUAGAUGUAAGCAGUAGCUUUCCUUAAGUUAUACUCUGUAGCAGUCUUCUGCAGGGGAUGGAUUUGGUGAAGUGCGUCACCUUCACUGAGUAGACCUUGGAAUUCAAACAUCAUCAUUGACUGACAUGUGAGAACCGGUUGGGACUGGUUGACUAUUAUGGGAAGCAAGUUAUAGAGUAGCGCCACCAUCUAGAUUCUGGUUCUUAUGAUGAUUAGCUAUAUGGGAGGUUAAGACUGUGCCUGCACCUCGGAAUAUUCUAAAGCUCAUAAUAUAGCAGUUGCUUCUUCAUAAAAUUAGGGAACUGAAUAAAUGUUUUCAAGUUUAGAAAAACUUCAAUGUAUGAAUAGCUUUUCCAAUUGGAGGGGUAGAAUGCUGACUAUAUUAUAGACAAUUUCAGAGGCUGAGCAGAAGGAAAGGAGGCUGUGUGAAUCUCAAUUUAUAUUCCAGGACUAGAAGGGCUAAAAUAAUGGGUGGCAGACACAUUGGUUUAGCAUAGGAUCCCCUAUUCCUUUAAGCAACAACAGUCUGCUAAAACAAAGAUACAUCUGCAUGCUUUCAACUUGCUCUGCUAUACUUCUUCCUUCCUGAUAAUUAUGGGACAUAAUUAAUUCUAUUUUGUUUGCACUUAUGCAUCUUCUAUUUGAUAAGGGAUCUUGUUUGCCCUUGUAGUAAGGUAAAGGGACCGCUGACCGUUAAGUCCAAUCGCAGAUGACUGUGGGGUUGCGCGCUCAUCUCGCUCUAUAGGCCGAGGGAGCCGGUGUUUGUCCGCAGACAGCUUCCGGGUCAAGUGGCCAGCAUGACUAAGCCGCUUCUGGCGAAUCAGAGCAGCUCACGGAAAUGCUGUUUACCUUCCCGUUGGAGCAGUACCUAUUUAUCUACUUGCACUUUGACGUGUUUUCGAACUGCUAGGUGGGCAGGAGCUGGGACCGAACAACGGGAGCUCACCCCAUCGCAGGGAUUUGAACCGCCAACCUUCUGAUCGGCAAGCCCUAGGCUCUGUGGUUUAGACCACAGUGCCACCCGCGUCCCUCAUGCCCUUGUGGUACAGACUCCUAUAUAGUUUAGUUUGACUGGUCUUGCUAUGAUUCCCUGAACCACAAAACCACUGUGGAAUGAAUCCUCUUGGUGGUGGUUGGCCUCUGUACAAUGCAGCCUAAUGCAUUUAUGCCACUGUCACUCAAAAAUCAAGGGCGAAAUAAAAGCAUAUUCAGUUUGCUUUGCUUUUAAAAUGGAUUUAAGAAAAAGGCAAAGGGAUCACUGUCCUUAUAAAGAAGGGCAAUGUCUGCUGUUGGCAAAGGUCUUUUCACAGCUCAGUGUGAGGUUUGGGAGAUUCCAGGAAAUCUAAUGAGAAUGAAAAAUGCACUUGGUGAGAACACUUAGGAACUUAUGCAUAUUUUCAUUGGAAAUUCUAACCUGGGAACAGGUCGUCUGAAAUUGAAAAAGGUAAUAUGGAAGAUAAUAUAGAACCCAUAAAGAUUCAUAUGUUGCAGCUCUAAACCUCCAUUGAAGUGAUAUACAGUCGUACCUUGGUUUUUGAACAGCUUAGUUCUCAAACGUUUUGGCUCCUGAACGUCCCAAACCUGGAAGUGACUGUUCCGGUUUGUAAACUAUUUUUGGAAGCCAAAUGUCCGAUGGGGCUUCUAUGACUUUUAUGACUUCUAGUAGCCGCAAUCAGAAACCGCACUUUGGUUUCUGAACGUUUUGGAAGUCGAAUGGAGUUCCGGAAUGGAUUCCAUUCAACUUCCAAGGUACUAGGUUUCCAGAACUCUCAUAAGGUUUUGUCCUCCCACAGAGGUGGAAGAUAUGUUGACUUGUAUUAUCUCUCCCAUAGCAAGGGAGCUAUGGACUCUUAACUCCUUCUCCCGCUGAAACAGCAGUGGAUCUUCCUAUGGUACAUGGAAGUACAAAAUAAAUGUCAAAAGUUAAGGUUGCAGAUCAUACUUCAGUCAUUGGCUGUAAUAAAGAGAUUGAAUUAUGGUGCUGGAGGAGACUCUUGAGAGUCCCAUGGACUGCAAGAAGAUCAAACCUAUCCAUUCUGAAGGAAAUCAGCCCUGAGUGCUCACUGGAAGGACAGAUCGUGAAGCUGAGGCUCCAAUACUUUGGCCACCUCAUGAGAAGAGAAGACUCCCUGGAAAAGACCCUGAUGUUGGGAACGAUUGAGGGCACAAGGAGAAGGGGACGACAGAGGACGAGAUGGCUGGACAGUGUUCUCGAAGCUACGAACAUGAGUUUGACCAAACUGCAGGAGGCAGUGCAAGAUGUGCUAUGGUCCAUGGGGUCACGAAGAGACGGACACGAAUAAACAACAACAAGAAGAAAUAUUUACUUUAUGUCAAAAAGCUCAUUUUAAUUCUGCCUCCUCCUUUGUGGGAAAAUUGGGGAAAUCGUUACAGCAUGUAGUUGGUGUACAAUUCUAGGCAUCUAGGCAUUCUGCCUUGUCUUUUUUUCAAUCCUGCUUCUAGCUUUGGGACACAGUUUGCUUCAGUUGUUUCGAGAUCAAGUUAGGAAGUUUCUGACCACUCUGGAGCAUCUCACACUAUGCAUGUCCAGAUAUUGAUAAACCAUAAUCUUUAUUUUGUGAGCACAUGGGUUGUCCUUGAAUGCAUGUGUGAGUUUCCUGGUUGAUAACCUGUGGGAUUCUUUAGUGAUCAUAUCUGCACUUGUUGUUACCAGCUCUGUUUGUUGAAAGAUAGCAAGCAGCCAAAGGUUCAGAGUAAAGUGUGGUAAUACCAGGGCCGUCUUAAGCAUGUCGGGCGCCCUGGCACCGUUGUGCGGCUGGUGGGCGGGCGCAGUUUGACUGGACUUAACCAUCCAGGAGUCCUUUACCUUUACCUUACCUCUAGGUACUGUAAGCACUGUAGGAGGACCUUAUUAUUUGAGUUGGCUUAUAUCACUGGAAUUAUUUGUAGUGGUUGAAUUUACCUUAAAGCUUUAUAUGUGUGGUAGAUAUUACCUGUGUGCUGGUUUUAGAUGUGUUCCAAGCCUUUGAGAUAGGACGGAAUAUAAGUCAUGAUUAAUAAGAAUAAAUCUUCUUCAGUUUUAGAAAAUGGAUGUGAGUUUGAAAACUGAAGGGAAGCUAUUUUAUAGAAAUCUAUGGCUACAGUCUACUACGGUGUCAAUAUUUACGUGGCUCAGCCUGACCGUCUGCUCCUUCUGGCAAAUGAUAUGAUAUCAGAUAGAAAUAAUCUCACUUACCAGAAUCUUGGGACAGGUGCCAGUAAAAUGAUGGAAGAGUACAGUCACGUGCAAAACCAGGUAGAAUUACAAAAUCCCAAUUUAGGGAAGGAGGGAGUGAUGAAUUCCCUUGAAAAUGAUCUCCAGGAUAUAAUGGACAGACUUAACCAGAAAAAAAAUUCGCAGAGUCUGAAGUUCAAGGCAAACGGUGAUUGUGCUGGUUCUUACUUAACACUCUCACAGCCGCUGCCUCCCAAAUCCAGCCCGGCGUCUAGUGUUAAGAGUAUGUCGUCUGCUUCCAAGUUCCAAGGAAGCAAGCCGUUGGCUUGUGAGAGCUCUUACCUUUCAGAAAAGAACAUCUCUGGGAAGCAUCUGGGCUCCAUUUCAGGCAUGUCUCCAUCCUUAAGUGGGUCCAGCCUAGGGAGGAGAGACUUUGAUAUUUACGUUCCCAGAGAAAAUGAGAAACAGUUUGGACAUCUGGAUAAGUUUCCCUACUCAAAGUAUAGUCAGAAGAAUAAAUCUUACGAUAACGUCUACUUCCCAGGAGUGCUGGAUGGGCGGAAAAACUCUGUGUCUCUUCUUGCCAUGUGGAAUGGAAGCUCAGGGAAUGAAAUAAUUCUUUCACCACUCGGAUACUCAGGAGCCGCUAGUAUGCCCUCCAGCCCAAAGCAAGGCAGGAGGAUGAAUAUUCAAGAUAUCCUUUCACUUCAGACCAGACCAGCUAAACAGAAGGACCCAGCCGUGGACAUGUUGGGGUCUAGAACCAGGAAGUAUUCUGGAGGCUCCCUGAGCCAUAUGGGAGUUUAUAGCCGUUCUUUACCCAGGCUUUACAAAUCGUCAGAAAGCCAGCUGGUGCCGCUAAGUUUACCCCCAAGGAGCUCCCUUGGGAACACCAAAAGAAAAAAGAUUGUGGAAAAAGAUCUUCUACCUCAGAGUAUACUGGAUGCUGACAAUUACCUUAACUUUUCUUCCUACACCUCAGGGGGUUUGCCGCAUACGAACUUUGCAUCUGAAACCAAUUCCUAUGUGAAUUCAACUCUCAGUGUUCCUGCCAGCCCCCGCAUGGCUCGGAAAAUGCUCCUGGCUUCUUCUUCCCCGUACAUGCUUGACGACUUUGACAGAGUUGGACUCUCAGGGACGAGCCCAAGCAAUUCUUUCACCCCUGUGGAUCCCGAGAGAGCGUUCCCUAUCAGAAGGAAAGUUUCCAGCAGUUCCAUGGAGUUCGAGGAAACGGAGCUGGAAAGCCUCAGGCAGACCCCUUCCAUCCGGGAGCGAAAGAAUAGCAUUAGUUCUGUUUCCGGAAGGGAUGACCUCAUGGACUACCACCGGAGGCAGAGGGAAGAAAGGCUGAAAGAGCAGGAGAUGGAACGACUGGAGCGUCAGCGGCUGGAGACCAUUCUUAACCUGUGUGCAGAAUAUUCCAAGCCAGAUAGUGAUCCCACCACUGUCACAACAGUAGCCGAUGUUCAGAAAAUCAAUAAAGAACUUGAAAAGCUUCAGGUAUCUGAGGAAGAUUCUGUCUUUGAAGAUUCUCAGAUGACUCCCGAAACGAGAUUCAGAAAUCACUUGCAGAUGCCAACUGGAGAUUCCGACUUCUCUGAGUUCAGUGAUCUAGGUCAAAAUGCAAUGGGAUUCUCUACCCCCAGAGGGAUGAGAACAAAUAAACAUUUAGGUGACAACAGGACAACAUCACCCUUACCUUCUUCCCCCUUCUUGAAGAGUGCCAAUGAAUCGUCCUACCUGAGCAUCACGUCCAAGACCCCAGAGUGCAUAAGUGAUGAACAAAGAGCACUGGAGCUUAAUCAGAUGGAAGAACAGCGCAUUAUAAUACUGAAUAACUUGGAAGAACUUGAACAGAAGGUCAAAGAUUUAAAUGAUCAGAUGGAUGAGUCCUCUAGGGAGAUGGAUAUGGAAUGUGCCCUAUUGGAUGGGGAGCAGAAAUCUGAAACAGCUGAACUUCUCAAGGAGAAGGAAAUACUGGAUCAUUUAAACAGGAAGAUAGCCGAGCUGGAGAGAAAUGCCAUUGGUGAAAAGACCAAGGAAAAAAUAAAGCUUGAUGCUCAGAGGGAAAAACUAGAAAAGCUUCAGGAGCUUUAUACCGAGCAGAAGACACAGCUUGAUAAUUGUCCUGAGUCCAUGCGGGAACAAUUGCAACAGCAGCUAAACAGGGAUGCUGACCUGCUGGAGGUAGAAAGCAAACACUUUGAAGAUCUGGAGUUUCAGCAGCUUGAAAAUGAGAGCAGGUUAGAUGAGGAGAAGGAGAACUUAACACAGCAGCUCCUGCGUGAGGUGGCUGAAUAUCAACGCAACAUUGUCAGUAGAAAGGAAAAAAUUUCUGCCCUCAAAAAACAAGCCAAUCAUAUUGUCCAGCAGGCGCAAAGAGAACAAGAUCAUUUUGUGAAAGAGAAGAAUAACCUCCUAAUGAUGUUGCAGAGGGAGAAGGAGAACCUUUGUAAUCUAGAAAAGAAAUACUCUUCACUAUCGGGAGGAAAAGGCUUCCCCCUAAGUCCCAGCAGUCUAAAAGAGGGUUAUGUGAGUGUAAAUGACAUUAGUGAGCCGUAUGGCAAUUCCACGAAUAUAUCCCCUUCCACUCAAGCCCCCACGGCUGCUGAGGCUGUUCCUUCCACAGCUGGCCUGAUGAGCCAGACUCAAAAUACAGAGCUAAGAUCGCCUCUCUGUUCUGGAUUUGUGUUUCCUCACUCCAUUUCUCCUUGCCCUCUUGCACAACUUUCACCAGCCCACUCGUCUGAGGUCAGGGCUGCAAAUGUAGAGCCUUUUCCUUUACCCGACACACCACCACCUCUUCCAGCUAAGAAACACCGAAGGCAGUCACAGCACUUCCGAAAUCUGGAAGAGAGGAAGAAGCAGCAUAAAGGGGGCCCAUACAUGAGUGAUACCUUGCCACGCAAGAAGCCAGCUGCUUCCGUGUCUCCCCAUUUCAGCAGUUCUACUCUUGGAAGGAGUGUCAAGGGCCAUCCUCCACUUGGACAAAGCAACAGCUGUGGCAGCGUACUCCCUCAUUGUUUGGGAACUAUGACCAAAGAGUCUGAACCAAGGAGGAUGCAUAAAGGAGCAAUUAAUCAUUCCAAAAGUGCAAGUAUUAAAGGUUAUAACAACCAACAUAUUUGUGAAGAUCAAAUCCAGAAAUCUCCUCAGUUCUACAGCAGGACUGCUUCUGAAUCGAAUGUGUAUCUGAACGCCUUCCAUUAUCCUGAUCAUAAUUUCAAGGACCAUGCCUUUGAUACUCUAAGCUUAGACAGUUCUGACAGUAUGGAGACCAGCAUUUCUGCCUGUUCCCCAGAUAAUAUCUCCAGUGCCAGUACUUCAAAUGUUGCAAGAAUAGAAGAAAUGGAAAGACUUUUGAAACAAGCUCAUGCUGAAAAGACUCGAUUACUUGAAUCCAGGGAACGAGAAAUGGAAGUUAAAAAAAGAGCGCUGGAAGAAGAAAAGCGUCGCAGGGAGCAGCUAGAAAAAAGGCUGCAAGAAGAAACUAGCCAGAGACAAAAACUAAUUGAAAAAGAAGUUAAGAUACGUGAAAAGCAAAGGUCGCAGUCUCGCCCUUUGACUCGUUAUUUACCUGUCAGAAAGGAAGAUUUCGAUCUACGCAGCCACAUAGAGACAUCAGGGCACAAUAUAGAGACCUGUUACCAUGUCUCACUCACAGAGAAGACCUGCCGAGGUUUUCUUAUUAAGAUGGGAGGGAAAAUUAAAACCUGGAAAAAGCGAUGGUUUGUGUUUGAUAGGAACAAGAGAACAUUUUCUUAUUAUGCAGACAAACACGAAACCAAGUUAAAAGGAGUAAUUUAUUUUCAAGCCAUUGAAGAAGUCUAUUAUGAUCACUUAAAGAAUGCUAAUAAGAGUCCUAACCCAAUGCUUACUUUCAGCGUUAAGACACAUGACAGAAUAUAUUACAUGGUUGCCCCCACACCAGAAGCUAUGCGGAUAUGGAUGGAUGUAAUAGUUACAGGGGCGGAAGGCUAUACCCACUUCAUGUUAUAGUAAAAUGGAGCAAAAUUUCUUUGGCAGGGCAUAAUGCAAUAAACAGCCUCACAUUUGAGGAAGGUGGGGAGAAGCCAUAUUUAAUCAUGUUGGACAAGUCACACACAAAAACAAGAAGCCGCAGGUCAGAAACGGAACACAUGCUGUGUACGGGAACAUUAAUUCUUAGAUUUGUUAAUCACUGGCAUAGCAGAAGAAAAGGAAAGCUGCUUAAAAGAUUGUAGUGCUCCAAAAUGGAUAAUCAGAUCGCCAUAAGCCUGGCACACAGAUUCUAUGGCAAUUUCCUGCAAAAUUUCCUAAUAAAAAGAAACUUCAUAGCAUAAAAGUGUUAAUAUACUCAACAGUAUUUCACUAUUAAGAAAUGAAAGGGAAAGGUAUGAUGUCUGUAUUUAAUGCACAUAAAUUCUGUAUAAUUUUUAUAACAAAUUUUAAAAACUACAGCAUGUGAUGUUUUUGUUUUAGUGUACUGCAGAACCAAAGAUUCACACUGUAUGAUGAGAUUUAGCUUUCAUGUGAUGGAAGAGCAUGGAAACACUUCAUAAAUAUUAUUGGGGCGUUUCAAAAUAUUACCAUUUAUCUUGUUAUUUUGAAAAUACUGAACAGAAAUACUGUACAUGAAUUGAGUAACUUCCAAACAUCACUCGUUUCACUAAGAGGGCAGUAUCAGCUGAAAAUCUGUAUGCAGAGGGGUUCAUGCCCUGCGUUUCUUCAGUAUCAAUGACUAUUAUUUAAGUUCUUACAACAUUACAACAUUCUGCCUGCUAAAACUGAAGAAAGAAUUUUGUGGGUAAAGAAUAUCGAUAGAGCUAAGAACUGCAGCUAAAAAGCCAACUCUAAAAUUAUGUGUUGGCGGUUUUAGCAUCUCCCAAAAGCAGAAAUUUCCCCCAAAUGCAAGAUUUUGUUGUAUAUAGCGACAGAGAAAUCUUUGUUCAGAAUAUCCUGGACCUCACAUAGGGGAUAUACGAUCAGUCCACAGAUGGGUUAGGGAAUACCCUGUAUUCGCGUUGGAAAAGUUCACAGAUUUCAACCCUUUCACAUAAAGACUGUGACAGAUUUCAGCGUAACUGAAUACCCUCCAAGGGUCGGUUGACAGAAACAAAAAGCUGGGGCAAUUUUCUUGGGCGCACAUGAGACCAGUCAUCAACCAGACUCCUUCACCCUGACCAGAAUUGUAUAUGUACUGGUGGUGAAGAAGGGUUAGGAGUAUUUCUAUCGCAUUUCACCAGGACCAGCAGCUAUGUUUCAGUGCCUGAAUAGAAGCCAUGUAAACUUACUCUGCAUGAUAAACAAUGCAGCUGCUGCUCGUUCCACUGCCCAUUUGUCUUACUGCUACGCUCCCAAAUCAGCCCUCCAGGGUGCCAUCACAGCCUUAGGUCAUCAGUUACCACAUGCAUUUGUACUCACACUUUCAUUUGACCCGUGUUUUGAUCGUCUUGUGUACCUAUUAAUUCUCCCAGGUCCGAGGGCUUUUCUCGCCAUUCUGCAGUUUCCCUUGCGAAAAUCCGAUUUUGCCCGCUGAAUCGGACCUUACCAGAUGCGUGAAAGAGCUGAAGAGAGAUUUUGCUCACCAAGCUUCUGAUUCAGUGAGAAAGAUCGGAUUUUCCCAAGGCACAGCCAUGAAACAAUAAAAGCUCUUGGACCUGGACGAAUCCAUCGGUAUAUAGUUUGAUCGAAAUAUGGGACAAGUGAAAGAGUGAAUUAGCCCCAAGACAAGUAUUUUAUUUUGUGAACCACCCAGAGAUCUGCAGAUGAAGGACAGUAUACAAAUGUAAGAAAUUAUUAUUUUCUUUCCCACAUACUUGAAGCUUUCUUACAAACUAAAUAUAGCAGUACAAAAAAUGUAUUUUAAAAAUACAGUAUAUUUCCCCUUAGCCCAAAUACAGUGAAUGCAGUAUUUUCUGUGCCCUGUGGUCUCUAAGCAACUGAUAAGGGAGAUUGUAGAUCAAUGGUAGAAAAGAUGUUUUGAGUGCCAAAAGCCCCAGUUUCAAUCCAUGUCCUUUCUAAUUAAAAAGGUUCAGGCAGGUGAUGUAAAAAGGCUUCUACCUGAGACUCUAAGGAGCUGCUGUCAGAAUGAUUGACAGUACUGGACUAGGUGGUCAAAUCGUCUUAAUUUUCUAUAAGACAGCUUCCUAUGAUGAUAUGACAAACUGUUUUAGACCCAGUGGAUCAGUUAAAGUUCAGUAGUCUGAAGGUGGCUGCUACACAGCAUUCGCCCAAGAAAGUCUGAAGUGUUUGUAUAAUUGAAGGGAUUACUGUAUCUAUCUCAUAAAAAUUAUAUAUUCCUUGAAGAUCUUUUCCAUUAAAACACAUUUUAAUCUUUGAAUAUUGUGUUCAGAUGAAUGAUUGAAUUUUUAAGUUCAAGUCUGUGUUUGAUAUUCUCUUUUAAUAAUCUGAAUUUGUAAGUGCCAUAUGCUUUCUAAUGUAGGAAAUGAAAAUCGUCGUUUCUGUUCAAGAAAAAUAUAGAUAAUAAAUCCUGCAUGAAAAGAGCAGAUUUUUUUGUUUGUUAUAAAACACACACACACUAUGGUAUGACCAAUAAUGUGGUUACAAUAGUUCACAAAUGCCACAGUCCUGAAAAAUUACGUCCUUACGUCCAAGUGUGCUUGCAGCAGGGUUAGAGAACCUUUCUCAACAUGAGGGCCCUAUUCCAUUGCUCGCUAGUCUACUGGGGACCACAUGACAACGGUAGGUGGGGCAGAGGCAAAGUGGGCGGAGCACUGAAUGAGACUGAACAUUUUUCAGGGCUACAUUACAGCCCUGCAGAACUCAGGAGGUUUCUACAGAAGCAGCCUACACAGCUCACCAUCCAGGCAAACAAGAGGCAUUAACAGAGGCAAAAACACUCCAGGAGGGUUUGGCACAGGACUGGUGAGGGGUGUGGCCUGUGGAGGAGGCGUGGCCUGCAUAGUCCCCACAAGGGCUUCCUGGCCUGAGUUCCCCCACCUCCUACUUGCAGCCUGACAAGCAUGGUUUAACUUUAAGGCUACAUUUGCUUGAGUUUGAUUAAAGUUUCAAUCUACCAGGAAUGCAGUAUGAAUGAUAAAUAACAAAGUCAUUGUGAAUAGAAAGAAAGGAUCUCUUACCACAAAGCCUAAUUAAAAUCCUCUUUUUUUAAAAAAAAAGACUGGAUAAACAGCUUAGAUGGUUUAAAACAAAAAAUAUAUAUUAAGCAGUAUAGAGAUUCCCAUAAAUAAAAACAAAUGAGUUUGCAAUGUUUGAGGAUAAAUUCCAGAAAUGGGUGGCAUUGUGUUAUAUAAUUUUUGUCAUGUAUUUUGAUUUUACUUCUAUAUCGUUUUACAGGUUUUCUUUAAAAAAAAUGUAUCUUUCAUGUUGUAAUAACAUUCAAAUAAAUGUUUAAAUAUACCUAA